UUUCCCUUGCUGCCAGCUGCGUGGUGGCCCUACAACUCUGCAUGCGCCUUGCCUCUGACAGUCCUGCUUUCAUCUACCAUGUAAGUAAGGGAAUGACCUGAAGGCAACACACAGCUCUGUAAGGGCAGCCCAGUGUGGGGCCCACUCUGCAUCUUCUCUCUCAGGCUUGAUUCCAGCUCCCACCACCCAGGACCCCCAGCUGGGCUAGGCCCCCUCCUUUCAGUCCUGCUGCUACUGCUGCCACCACAAAUGGUCCAGGCACCUAGAACAAUUGCCCAGGAGGUGCCAGACUUGCUUCCCCCUCCUGGCUGCUUAAGCGGCAUCUGCUACCCACCCACCGGCAACCUGAUUGUUGGCCGUAACCAGAGCCUUCGAACCUCAUCGACCUGUGGACUUCAAGGCCCUGAGCCAUACUGCAUUGUCAGUCAUCUACAGGACUCCGAGAAUUGCUUCUUUUGUGACUCUCGGGGAAAGGGAGGCCAUGGCAUUGAGAAUGUGAUCUCCCGGAGUGGUCCUGAUGGCAACAAGACCUGGUGGCAAGCAGAGAGUGGUGUUGAGAACGUCACCAUCCAGCUAGACCUAGAGGGUGCCUUCUACUUUACCCAUCUCAUCAUGACUUUCAAGACAUUCCGCCCAGCAGCUCUGCUUAUCGAGCGCUCAGUGGACCAUGGCCACUCCUGGCACGUGUACCGAUACUUUGCCCACAACUGCUCAGGCCUCUUUCCUGGGAUCCCUCCUGCCCCUGGCCACAGUGUUAAUGACCUCAUCUGCGACCAGCGUUACUCGGACAUUGAGCCUUCCACGGAGGGCGAGGUUAGGCCCAGAGGAAGUGGGGUCGGGCCCUGGGGUGAAGCCAGAGGCUCAGGCUUGCUUCUUCCUCUCAGUUUGGACGAUGAGCCGGGGAAUGGAAUCCUUGACUGCACUGGGGAAGCAGGUUUCAAAUAUCUAGAGAUGCCAGAGUGGGGUGUCCAGGAAGUAGCAGGAUGUGUAGGUCUCAGCUCAGGAGCAACAUCAGAGCUGGAGCAGCACAAGAGGCUGUGGUCAUUCCAAAAAUGGUAUGCCCAGGGAUCAGGGGUGGGGGAGUCCCACAGCAGGGGUGCCGGAGAAGGUGGCUGCAAUGAGCAGAGGGAAAGGGGGAGAGGGGAGGGACCCCCCCUGCCCCCAUUCCUUCCCCUCCAUCCCAGCCAUAGAGGAACGAUGACCAGUGCACAUGAGGUCUCACAAUCUGUGUCUCCAGAGCUCCUGCGUGUGACUAACCUCCGUGUGAACUUCUCCAAACUGCACACACUGGGUGACAGGCCCCCGGGGGGCCUCAAGGGACACCCCUUCUACUAUUACGCCCUCUAUGAGUUCGUGGCCCAAGGCAGCUGCCUAUGCCAUGGCCAUGCCUCUGAGUGCAGGCCCACUCCUGGGGCACCAGCCAAUGUGGAAGGCAUGGUGCAUGGCCUUUGUGUCUGCCGCCACCACACAGCUGGUACCCACUGUGAGCGCUGCCAAGACCUGUACCAGGACCACCCAUGGCACGCAGCAGAGCCUGGGCACCCCCACGCCUGCCAGGAAUGUGAGUGCCAUGGGCAUGCCCGCAGUUGUCACUUUGACAUGGCCCUGUACCUGGCAUCUGGCAAUGUGAGUGGAGGUGUGUGUGACGCAUGUCAGCAUAACACAGCUGGGCGCCACUGUGAGCUCUGCCAGCCCUUCUUCCACCGAGAUCCCUGGGAAGAUCCCCGUUCCCUUCACUCCUGCAAACCCUGUGACUGUGACCCUGUGGGUGCCCUGGAAGGUGGUUUAUGUGAUGCCCAUACAGAUGAGAUCCGUGGCCUCCUCUCUGGGCAGUGUCGCUGCAAAGGAAACGUCUGGGGCCAGCGCUGUGACUCCUGCCGGCCCAAUCACUAUGGCCUGAGCCUUACUGAGUCAGAGGGCUGCCAGCCCUGCAGGUGCAACCCCCGGGGCCGGGUCCCUGGCACUCAUGCCUGUGAUCCUUCCAGUGGUGCCUGUCAUUGCAAACGCUUUGUCUCUGGACGGGACUGCAGCCGUUGUCUGCCCGAGUUCUGGGGUCUGAGCAGUGACCCUCUAGGCUGCCGGCCCUGUGACUGUGACUUUGGGGGUGCCUACAGCAACAGGUGUUCUACAGGGGAGGGCCUGUGUCUGUGCCGCCCCCAUCUCCAUGGCCGCCGCUGCCAUGAACUCCAAUCUGGGCACUUCUGUGCCGCCCUUGACCAGGCCACUGCUGAAGCCGAGUUUGGCCAGGGCCUCCAGCCAGCUGAUUCCCAGCUGCCUGGUGGCCCCUGGCCUGCUCCUCCCAACUGUACACAAGCCCCAUGGACCUCCCCUGGUUGGCUCCGGCCCCGACUUCGGAGACAGCGUGACCCUCGAUGUGCCCUCCACCCUGCUAGACGGGCCCAUUACAGCCACCAGUUGCCCAAGGCCCCAGGAGAGCCUGUGCCCGUGCAUCCGGGAGCUGGCUCUGCACUGUGGACUGGCUUGGACUUUGCACGUGUGGCUGAUGGAGCUGGCCUCUCUCUGCUGGCUCCCACCGUGCCUCGUGCCCUGGAGUAUGACAUCGUCCUGCGCUAUGAGACCCAGGCACCUGAAGACUGGCAGGCAUUAGUCAGGGUCCGUGCCCAAUCACUGCCCAGCAGCGCCCGCUGUGCCCAUCUGCUGCCCUCAGAGCAGCUGUUCCAGGCGGCCUUGACCCAUGCACACAGAGCUGUCGUUCUACCCAGACCUUUCUGCUUUGAACCGGGAACACGCUACUCCAUGACCCUGCGGCUGUGGCGGACCAAAGGGGUGCGGAGGCCUGAGGGGGGCACCAUCCUUCUGGAUUCGAUUGUGCUCCUGCCACGGGUAAAGGAGUUGCCUGGGCUGAGAUCCGUGGACCCUGGGGCCACAGGGCGCUUGCAGGAGCUCCACAAAGCGGGCUGCAUGGAGGCAGCGAGGACGGGCCUCUACAGCACCAUGACUGAGACCUGUACCCGCCUUGUCUGCAGCAUCUCAGCUCUGCUCCAUGGGGGUGGCCUCCCAUGUGAGUGCCACCCCCAAGGUUCACUGAGCACCGAGUGUGCCCUUCUGGGUGGGAAGUGCCCCUGCCGUCCUAACAUCAUUGGUCGUACCUGUGACCACUGCAUGCCUGGAACAUAUGGCUUCGGUCCCACUGGCUGCAAUGAGUGCCACUGCCAUUCCGAGGGUGCCACCAGUGCCAUCUGUAACCCUAUGAGCGGGCAGUGUACAUGCCGGGCAGGCCUUGCUGGUCGCCGCUGUGAUCGCUGCCUCCCUGGCCGAUGGGACUUCCCACACUGCCAGCCCUGUGCCUGUAAUGGGCAUGCUGAGUUGUGCCACCCACUUACAGGUGUCUGCCAGGCCUGCCAUGGAGCCACAACAGGCCGGCACUGUGAGAGGUGUUUGGACGGCUACUAUGGAGACCCCACCCUGGGCUCAGGCCAGCAGUGCCGGCCCUGCCUCUGUCCUGGUCACCCUGGCUCUGGCUUCUAUCACGGGACUUCCUGCCAUGUGGACAGUGCAAGUGGACGUGUCCUGUGCCUCUGUGCACCUGGCUAUGCAGGCCCCCGCUGUGAUCGCUGCUCCUCUGGCUACUUUGGGCGCCCUUGGCCAGGAGGAGACCCCAGAAGAAGUCCAUGCCGGCCCUGCCAAUGCAACAACAAUAUUGAUCCCCAUGAUCCUGCUGCCUGCGACCCCCACAGCGGGCACUGCCAGCGCUGUCUGCACCACAGCCAUGGCCCAGGCUGUGCCCACUGCAGGCCUGGCUUCCAUGGCAGUGCCCUGCGCCCAGGAGGCUGCCGGCGCUGCAGCUGUGACCCCCGGGGCACUGUUCCUGCGAGGUGCCCAUCCGGGGCUGAAGCCUGCUUCUGCAACCAGGUCAGCGGGCAGUGCCCGUGCCGCCCCCACACACUAGGGCGGGACUGUAGCCGCUGUGCCCCCCUCUUCUGGAACCUGGGGGGUCCCCGGGGCUGCGAGCCCUGCAGCUGCCAUGCCCAACACAGUUUGCAGCUGGUGUGUCACCUGGUCACGGGUCAGUGCCCCUGCCAGGCAGGAUUUGGGGGCCGCACGUGCUCUCGGUGUCAGGAUGGGUACUGGGGUGACCCGGAGCAGGAGUGCAGAGCCUGUGCCUGCGACCCACAGGGCUCCAUCUCGCCCAGCUGUGACCCAUACACAGGUGCCUGCUUCUGUAGAGAGGGCAUCUCAGGGCCGAGGUGCCAGGCAUGUGCCCGUGGCUCCAGAGGUGGCUUCCCACACUGCACGUCCUGCCCUACCUGUUUCACCUCCUGGGACCAUCGCCUGGCUCUGCUCCAGCUGCAGGUGGAAGCCGUGGCCCAAGCGGUGGCCGCCCUAUGCCAGGGGAUGCCUGGCUGGGGUGCUAGGGGCCAAGGCAGACACCUGCAGGCCCUGGAGGGGGUACUCCAGCAGGCACAGACGCUCCUGGGAUCUCCUUCACCCACUGUGGGAACCCUGCAGCAACUUACAGAGUGGAUAGCUGGAUUCAGGAGGGAAAUGACUACUCUGGCGCAGACACUGUGGGCCACAGGACAGGUUGUGGCAGAAACAGAGCUGUGGGUUAGGGGGCAAUGUGAACGUCUGGAAGAAUUAUCCCGGGAGCUAGACUGUGUGAAGGGCUUGGCCUGGCCCAAGAGGGUCACCAGAGUCCAAGAUGCUGAGGCCCAGAUCUCUUCAGCUUCCCUGCUUUCCCAAGAGGCCAUGCUUGGAGCCCAGAUGGUGGCCACACUUGGAGAACCAGACAGCAUCCUGGGACAGGCCCGAGAGGCCCGACGGCGGACGGAGCAGCUGCUACGGGAGACAGCCCAGCCUAUAGGGACAGCUAUGUGGGAGUUGAAACUGAAGGGACUGGUCGACAGGGUCCAGAUGCUGCGCCCACAGCUUCUGGGACUCCUAGUCAAAGCUGGAGUGGAAUGCAGGGGUCAGGGAUCUGGGCUGGCCUGUGUUCCUCUACCCUGUGGUAUUCCCUCUUGCCCUGGGACCCUGCCCAUUGCCCAGUGGGCUCUGGUUGCCUCCAGUAACUCCUCCUAUAGCCUGGACAUAGCAAUCACAGCCUUGGAGCAGCAUCAACAACUGCUGCAGCAAAUCCAGGCCACAGCAAGCUCCACGGGAAUCCAGGCUCAGGAGAUGUGGCAUCGUGCAAGGGGGCCCUGGGGUGUGGCCACCACGGUCCCUGUGCAGGCAACUGUGCAUAUCAUCCAGCGUUUCCUCUUGGAUGAAGGUGCAGAUGCUAAGAGUGUGGAGCUGGUGGCAUGGCGUGUGCUGGCAGUGCCCCUCCCUCAGGGUGGGGCAGCAGGCAUUGCCCUUCUGCUGGAUCAGAUCCAGGGCACCCUCCUUGCACAAGAUGCCGGAGGCCAGGAGCUUCCCAGAGCUGAAGGUGUUCUCCGUCAGGCACAGCAGACCAGGGAGAGUACCGCCAGGACCCAGGGCCAAGCGCUGGAUGUUCAGGGUGUGCUGGCUAAGGCGGGAACUCAUGCAAGAGCUGCAGAGCAAGGGCUGCAGGUGGUGAAACAGACACUCGGAGGCCUGGAGGCCAGUGUACAGGAGGUGGCAGGGCACCUAGCCCGGAUGACACUGGCAGUGGAUGUGACCCCGACCCUGGGGCUUCAGUCCAGGGCAGCUGUAGCUCUCAGGACUCGUUUGGCAUUGAGUCAGCGGCAGGCCCAGGAGGCAGAGGAGCGUGCAGCAUAUGCCAUGGGCUUGGCUGGGGGCCUGGGCAAGGAGUUGCAGGUGGCCCGGUUAGGUGUGGCGGAGUUGCAGGAGGGCACGUACAGCCUGAUGGCUAUGGUGCAGGAUGCUGAAAAGAGGGUACAGCGAACACGAGCUGAGGCCCAAGAACUUCUGAAGCGAGUGCAGAACAGCUGGAGCCGCCUGGAGGGGUUGGAGCGCCGCCUGGUGCAGAACCAGCAGGCACUGGGCAAGAAGGUGGCCGUCCUGUGGGCCCUGGAGCAGCGGGCAGCAGAGCUGCUCGAGCACAUGCAGCUGUGGGCCAUCGCGUAUGCAACCUGCUGAUGCUGUCUAUGGAUGCCAAAAAGAGGGGCCCUGGGACUACCUGGGUGACUCAAAGUGACCCCAGAGUGACCCAAGAAUCUCCUGACCUUGAGAGACCACAGACCCCAUUGAGUGCUUGCUUACCCUGAGUGACCCCCAUGUUACCCCACGAUGUCCUUCAGUGGCCCUCUGACCUUAAGAAACCAGAGAGAUCAUGUAAAACUCUCUGAGGCCAUCUAGUGACCCUGACCCUGAUAGUUCCUUAUCUCUGAGUGAUGUAAAAUUCUGAGUCACCUGUAGUAUCCCUGAGCCCCCCAGGUUGACCACAUGACCCCCAGGGUGACUGGGGACCCCUACUCCAGAAAAUCAGUAACUCUCAAAGACCCUGAAAGUCCAGCGGAUUGACUGACCCCCUACCCAGACUCUCCUUGUGAAGCCAGGUGACUCGUCCCCUGAAGAACCCCAGCUUUCUCCCCUGAGUCCACAGCUCUGGGUACUCUGCACCCAGCCCCACAGAGCCAGCCUGACCUGGCCCUACACAGAGCCUCGGAGUACUAGGUCCUAGCCGCCCUCCCAGGGGCCUGGGUGGGGCAGGCGAUCGCCGGCAGCCCGCAUUCCAAGCCCGGGCUUCAGAGCUCCCGGCAGGCCAGAAGGUCCGGAGCGGAUAACUAGCUAUGAGAUCUGGAUCCACUCACUGCUUCUCUGUAGGUCUGUUGUCGGCAGCGCAGCACCCAUUUUCUUACCGGGAGACUGAGACUGCCCUUCUCGUGCUUACUUACUGUAGUGACUGAGGGAGGCGGAGACCCCUGGAGCCAUGCCUCGGGCAGGGGAUGGCCUUUCUCCAUCUUUCUUCCUACCCCCAUUUUCCCUGUCCCUUGGGUAGGGUGUCCUAAAGCUUCCCAAAUUCCGGAAUAGAGGUGCUUGAUGCCCCCGCGUAGGCCCUCCCACUCCCCGCUGAUGCUGGAGUCCUGGGACUGAAUGCUUAGUUGCUGAUGAAUGCCACAGCACCCAUGACCCUGGGGACAAAGGUUAGCUUCCAUGGGCUGUUGGACGUCUCAAAGAUCAACUUUGCUCAUGCCAUGGCGCCCCCACUUGGUUUGCCUCCUAACUUGUGGCCUAAAGCCCCAAACCCCUACCUUCUCCUUGUUCUGCAGAGGUCUGGGCAUGGGGGCCCAAU